AUGGCCCCUCCGCCAAAAUAUGAAGAUCCACGCAAAGUGGAUCGUACCCUUUUACAGGAACAGAAAAGAGAGGAAAGCGAAGAAAUCGAAGAGGAAAUCGUGGAGACAUCCGACGAAACCGACGAGGACAUGGAGACAGAAGCCCCGGCAGGGAGAGGAACAGCGAAAAGGGCUGGGAGGACAGAAGACGCGAGCGACGACGAGGACAAAGCAAAAGACGAAAAGGUAGCCAUAGAAGAGAUUCUAAAACAGAUGCAGGAAGAGGCAGAAAAGAUAGACCAACAAAGGGCAAAAAAGGAGGAAGAGAUGGCAAAAAAGGAAGAAAAGAUGGCCCUACAAUUGGCAAAAAAGGACGGAGAGAUAGCUCGACAAAGAGAAAUGAUGACGAAGAUGACUAACCGGAUGGAUGAACUGAUCAACGAGCUGAGAGAAGUUCGGAAAGCCCUGGAGGUAGAGAAACAGAAAAGGCACAGCCGAGAAUCGAAAAAAAAAUCCAACGGCCGAAAAGCCACCGCAGUAUAA